AUGGUCACUCAAAAAGACGAUAUCGGUCCCGCAGCAGGUCUAUAUCUCCCCCAAGAAAACGAUAUCGAUCCCGUAGCAGGUCUAUAUCUCCCCCAAGAAAACGAUAUCGAUCCCGCAGCAGGUCUAUAUCUCCCCCAAGAAAACGUGAUAGGCAGGAAUGAUCAUCGUCAUGAUAAAUCUGAUGACAAAUCAAGACGAAUGCAAAAACUACAGCAAAUGAUGGACGAUGCAAAAAAACUUUCAGAAGAACGUAGAAAACGUGUAGAUGACAUCAAUAGGGAAGAAAAGGAAGAAGAAAUUAAGGUUACUGAAAAUAAAAAGCGAACAUUUGAGAACGGCGUGCAUUCAGAGUACUUAAAAAAUGCAUACAAAGAUGCAUAUUCAUCUCAUUCAAAUUUUGACUUGGGCGAACGAGUACGAAGACAUCGUGGUACAUUACAAAAAGCUGCUGAAUGA